AUGACGUGCGAACUGCAUUGCCCUCCAGCUUGCAACUUGAUGGGGCAACCUGGCAAAAUCAAGAUGCUGUCUCCUUCCAGAUGGAGAGUAAAGCAAUGGUACGUCCUGGUCAAUCGCACAGUAUUUACGGAGUACAAGAAUGUACAAGCCACUCCCGCCCGUGGCAAUGGGCUUGGAGUCCGAGUGUUGACCGAUAUUUGCCCGUUUGGCCCGUCUCGAGACGUCGACCACCCGGCCGUGAUUCCGGAGUCCCAUCAAGUCACGAGCCCAGCGUCAAAAGCAGUCUUGGGACGGGUGAGGACUCGAUCCACGACCCGGGCCCGCCAUCAGAAUGGCCAGGAACAAAGGCAUCCAUCCGAGGUCGACGGUCCUUCGCUGGUGCACCCGGUUUCUCGGGUCGACGUGUCUGCGGCAGGCCUGAACGAACCGUGUCCGACGAUAGUCACCGUCGCCGCCCUCGUCCAUCUCCUCCAGUCCGCUGGCGUCGUCAAGCUCGUAGACGUUCGGUCCAUUCCCAGAUCCCGAACAAACCCCCAGUUCAACCGUGGCAAGCUCCUUCCCUCGACGGAAUCGCAGGCGGCCAACACGGAACAUGUAUGGCUUGGCGACGCAGCCUCACGCCGAGCGGCGAGCAGCACACGGCCAUCCGGGCUGCAUCGUUUAGAAACUAUGCGGGGUACAUGGGCACCCCCGACGUUCCGAGAAGCUUGGUACAAGAGUUGCAGGACCGCAGGAACGAAAGGGUCGCAAUCACGUGUAGUGAGACGCUGUGGGCGCAUGAUUGCGGAUGUCUUGGUCGUGAAGGGGUGCAACGUCGAGCACUUGGGCGUUCAAAGAGGACCGGCUAUGAAUCACCGGCCAUGGGAUAUCGCAAGGCUUCAACAAUAG